CCUUUCCUUUCCUAACCCACCAACACCCGCACCGACCCGCCUCGCCCGCAUAGGCGAUCACGACUCGACAGACCAGUCCCACUUCCGACAACGUCUGCAAACAUGGCCGCCGUUUCGGCUGACCAGCUGGCUGCGGCCGUUGGCCACAUGUCCCUUGAGAAGCAAGCCGAGCUCGAGGAGGAGCGUCGCCGAUCUGAGAUCUCUAGCGUCACUCUCACGGACCUCGUCCCUCGCCCCGACAAGGGAGGCAGCGCCGGACGCAAGCUCAUGGUCUCGACCAACAUGUUCACGCUCGACAUCGGCGGCGACGGAGCCUCUGGCCAGGCCUCCGGCGGCCGUGGUGGUGGACGUGGCGGUCGCGGCGGAGGCCCUCGCCCCUCUGCUGGCGGCAACAAUGGCAACUUGACCGUCUACCACUACGACGUUGUCAUCGACCCUGUCAGGCCCGAGGAGUCUGAGAAGGAGCUGACCCCUGAAGAGCGCAAGCAGCGCAACGAGAGGAAGCUUCCCAUUACGCUUCUUCGAUCCGUCUUUCGCAUGGCCCUUCGAGAUGGCGCCGCCGACCCUACGCAUCCUCUGACCGACGACUUAAUCGGUUCCAUUGGCUACGAUGGUCGUCGUUCAUGCUACACACAGAAGAAGAUGCCCUUUGAGAAUCAACUCUCUUGGACCAUCUGCCUCCCCGAGCGCGGCGCAGACAUGACGCUGCCCAACCUACCUCGUGACGAGGGUCGCAAGUUCAAGACGACACUCAAGCUGGUCAAUGUCAUCGACCUUUCUGUCCUCCACAAGUUCUGCGAGGCCGACCCUCAGACGAUUCGUGCUGCUGGAGCCGCCUUCCCUGAGGCCGUCACCAAUGCGAUCCAGGCUCUGCAGAUCUUCCUCUGCAACAAGCCAGCAGAGACUUUCAAGGUCCAUGGCGGCGGAGGUCGUCGAUUCUUCGACAAGGACCUCAAGGUCCCCAUCCCCUCUGGAGCUGACAUCUGGAAAGGCUUCUUCCAAUCUGCUCGUGCCACUCAAGCCGGCAUGAUCGUCAACAUCGACCCAGCUUUCGCAGCCUUCCUUCGCUCCGGCAACCUCCGUGACGUCUGCGCUGGUAUCCUCGGCAUGGAUGGCAGCGGCGGCGGCGGCUUCGGUGGCCGUGGCGGCCGUGGCGGUCGCGGUGGAGACCGUGGUGGACGUGGAGGACGCGGCGGUGACCGUGGCGGAUUCCGCGGUGGCCGUGGUGGACCCGGCGGUGGCGGCGGCGGCGGUGGUGGUGCUGGCCAAGAGCUCUCUUCCCUACGCCCCAUGCAGCUCCAGGAGCUUCGUCGUCGUCUCAAUGGAGCCAAGCUCAAGAUGACCCAUCGCGAGUCUAACCGCGAAGAGACCUUCAAGGGCUUCUCCCCCCGCGCAGCACGCGACGAGGUUUUCGAGAAGGAUGGCCAGCGCAUCCGCGUAGUCGACUAUCUCAAGGACAAGUACAACUACCAGACCAAGUACCUCGACUUGCCCCUCGUCGUCCUGGGCAACAAGGCUAUGGUCCCCAUGGAGUGCUGCGAGGUCCUUCCCGGCACGGCUCUUCCUCCUCGUAAGCUCAAGCCCGACAUGACUGCCGCUAUGAUCGACGUCAGCCGUCAGCGUCCCGACGAGAAGCUCUCCACUGUGGUCGACUGGCGCCGUCGCAUCGCCUACGAGACGGAUCCCCGCAACGCUGGCCUCAACGUCGGCACGCAGCCUAUCCAAGUCGAGGCCCGCAUCCUGCCCGUCCCUACCGUCCAGUACGGCCGCGGCACCGCAAAGCCCAAUGGUGGCGCAUGGAACCUCCGCAACACCAAGUUCCUCACGCCCGCUGCGACGCCCAUCAAAACGUGGGCCAUUGUCAACUUCACUCGCUCCCCUGACCAGGUCGUCCAGCAGUUCGCCGGUCUCUUCACCAACCACCUCAAGGGCUUGGGCCUCAGCGUUGAACGCGCACCUUACUACGAGCGCGGUAUUCCCACUCCCGAGCGAGUCAAGGAGACGCUUCAAGUCGUUGGACGCGAGGCAAAGAAGGCUGCAGGCGGUGCUUCGGCCCCUCCACCCCAGCUCAUCAUCUGCCUCGUAGACGGUGACGCCGACCUGUACGGAGCCAUCAAGCGCGUCUGCUUCACCGAUCUGCCCUCGCCCGUCCCCAAUCAGUGCCUCAUGGCCCGCAAGGCCCUCAACGAGCGCGGACAGGACCAGUACUGCGCCAACGUAGCCAUGAAGGUCAAUGUCAAGCUCGGUGGCGCCAACCACUCUGUCACGCCCAACGACGUGCCUGCUUUCACCCCCACGACGAUGAUCUUGGGCGCCGACGUUUCCCACGCCGCUCCUGGCUCUAGCCGUGCAUCCAUCGCCGCCCUCGUUGCUACCAUCGCCGGCGAUCGUUCCCGCUUCCACUCCGAAGUCCGUGCCCAGACGCACCUUCGUGGCGGCCGCAGCCAGGAGGCCAUUCUGCACAUGAAGGACAUGUGCAUCUCGCACCUUAACCGUUGGAAGGAACGUAAUGGGGGCAACUUGCCUACAAAGAUCGUCGUCUUUCGAGACGGGGUCAGCGAUGGCCAGAUGGCCAUGGCCCGUCAAGUGGAGGCUCACGCAAUCUCUCAAGCCGUGGCAGCAGUCCAGCCCGGCAAGACGAUCCCUCUCACGUACAUCAUCAGCGUCAAGCGCCACCACAUUCGCUUCUUUGCCAACAACCCCGGUGACCAAGACCGCAGCGGCAACUUGGCCCCCGGCCUCGUAGUCGACUCCGGCGUCUGCCACCCCUACGGCUUUGACUUCUUCCUUCAAGGUCACGCAGGACUCAUUGGUACCGCUCGUCCCUGCCACUUCGUCGUGCUCCAGGACGACUCGAAGCACACGAGUGACCAGCUCCAGAAGAGCAUCGCCUCCUUCUGCUACGAGUACUGCCGCGCCACGCGCUCCGUGUCUCUUCCCCCACCUGUCUACUACUCGCACAUUCUGGCAGAGAAGGCACGUCUCAUCAUGUACGGAGACCAGUCCGAGACUGCCACCCAGAUCUCAUCCGGCGAGUCGCAGGAAGUCUUCACCGAGAUCUCCGACACGGAUUCGACGAUGCUCAUGAAGUCGUUCGGACGCGACGCCAAGUUCUGCGAGAGCCUGUUCUACAUGUGAGAGCAGCAGCAGCGUAGAUCUCCCGUCCGCAGCCGCCAAAGUUGUGUUUCCGUCGUCUCAGUCAUCCUUUGAGUCCCUUUUUUUUUCACCUUUCCCUCUUCGCGAGCUUCUGCGCAAACGCACCACCUUGAUGAUCCUUGUCAUCAGCGCAAGCUUUCAGCGAGAAUGUUCAAAUCAAAUCACGUACCACCAUCACCAU